CUGCAGCACAAGUUCGCAAAGGAACCUUUAUUUCUUGACGUCGUUGAGGCACUCUACGACCUAGAUUCCAGCAAGUCCGUCAAGACCAAACGCAGAGCCCGGCACCACGCAAAGCAAUAUUUCAUCGAGAACGACAAACUCUGGCGGGUAGCAAAUGACUCCAAGCUUGAGUGCGUCACACAGGAGGAAGCAGUAGAGCUCGCAAGAGCAGAGCAUGCUAAUAGAGGCCACUGGGGGAGAGACCUGGUGAAGUUACAAUUGAUGGAUCAUAUCUACAGCCCGCGCCUGGACCAUUCGGUGACAACAGCCAUC